CAAAAAGUCACAUAAAUUUCGCUUCCCAUAGUCGCCCGCCUGUUCUGCCACAGUGAGCCUAAGGUUUAGACUAUAAUUCAGUGAAUCACGUAGUCGGUGGCUCGUUUAUGGAGAUUGAUCAUGGAGAGGAGGAAGAUCCGUUUCUUGCAUUCAUUGAGUACGCGAGAUCGGUAAUUGCACCGACAGAUGAAGGAGAUGGAGAAGUUGAGAAUGGAAAUGGAGCCGAGACCAGUGGGCCUGGGUGGAGUUGGAUAGCGUCUCGGAUCCUCAAGACUUGUAUUGCUUAUUCUAGUGGUGUGACUGCCGCUAUUCUGCUCUCUGAUCUCUCUCAGGCCUGGAAUGAACAACACAGAGUGGGUGCACCGAAGAAGAGACCCGAAUUGAUAAAUCAAUUGAAGAAGAAUCAUCGCAGAACGAAGCUUCCAAAUACAGUAACCAUUGACUCCAUUUAUGAGAAGAAUUUCUUGUCCUUAGGUAGUGUUUUGGAAGUUGUUAUUGUUGAUACUUUUGUUCUUCCAGGUACAAACAUCUACAUGCUUACGGUGGGGGAUUUUUGGAGCUCCAGUACCAUUGAUCUUUAUCUCCAUCGCAGAUAUUACGAAUUAGUGGAUCCUGAGAAUGGUAUUCUAAAAAAAGGAAGGGAGGUUUUGCUCACUGGAUGCUAUCUUCGAACUGCCCGUGAAGGGUCUAGUAGUUCACGGCUUCUGCCCACAGAAUAUCUUGUGAUAUUGCUAGAUGAGGAUCAGGAUGAUGAUGCAGUUCUAAUAGGGGCUCAGUUUUGUUCUGAUUCUUUCUCUUCCAUUUCGCUUGAUGCUGUCAAUGACGGUGCUUCAUACUCAUUAUAUGCAAGGAUUGAAUCUAUUGGUUCAAUGGAAAUUCAUGGAAAGAUUGAUGGUUUACAGAAGAAGCAGAUUACUCUUAUUGACAAUGAUGGAAUCAGGCUGAAGUUUCUCUUAUGGGGUGAGCAGGUUCCCCUUGCAAACCUUUUCAGUGUUGGCAGUAUGCUUGCACUUGAUAGGCCAUAUAUUGCCAGUUCUGCAGAGAGUGGUAUGGAAACAAAUGAUGAAUUCUGCCUUGAAUAUGGUAGUGCAACACAACUAUAUCUAGUGCCUGUCAUUCAACAUGAGGAACAAGUUUCUGUAGCAUUGACCCAAAGUCGAUACCAAGGAUCAAGGUUACUCAGUGCAAUAGACCCUAGUCAGGGCCCCAGAGUCUCUCAAGUGUCUUUGCCUUGUGAUUCUCAAGGGUCCAUAGACUUCAGCAAUUAUCCUUUUCGGUCAUUUAUUGUUGAACUUCGUGACAAGAUGACCAGCAUCAGCCUGUAUGGUGUUGUGAGAGAACUUUUUCAGGCGAGAAAUACUUCUGGAGUUAUAUUCUCUUUGAAAAUUGAGGAUACAACUGGAGCAAUAUGGGCAAAGCUACACUUUUCAAGAUUUUGGUCACUGGGAAGAAUAGGCCUCGGUCAUGUAGUGUAUAUAUCUGGUUUGACAUGCUGUAAAACACAGCAGAAUCGCCUUGAAGUAUUAUGGGAUGAGAAGAAUGGGGGAGCUGCUUUGAUCAACCUUAGUUGCUUGCCAGCAUUGCUAAACUCGUCCUGUCUUCAUAAGUCUUCAUGCCUUACUGAUCUUUUUUCCGGCCAGACAAGCUGCAUGCACGUAUGGAUUUCAUAUAGAUAUCUGGAUAAUAUAUGUCGAGUUAGGCUUGAUCAAAUUGAUCAUUGUCAUGUCAGUACAAGGCUUUCACAUUCUGUUUGCGGUCAUUUUGUCAACGAGAUGCCCGGUGGGGUUCUUCAGUGCAGCUUCUGUCACUAUAACUGUAGUGCUGAAGUUCUGCGAACGUUCCACCUGAAGAUUGCUCUUGCUGAUGACACUGCCAAAAUUUUUGCAUGGUGUACCGGUCAAACUGCUACGGAGUUGUUGCAGAUAUCACCGGAUGAAUUCUGCGAGCUGUCUGAGGAUGAGCAGUUUAUGUACCCUUCUUCCUUGGAGAAUGAGAUAUUCAUGGUUGCAUUGGUAAACUGCAAGACCCAGAGUCGCGAACGUAGCAACAGCCUAAAUCCAGAGACUGAUGAUACAGUCUCUUGGGAGAUCACUCGAGCCCUGAAAUUGGAAUGAUCUACUGGUAAUAGAUUUUUACUAAAUGCUUAUUUUUGGCCGAUUGAUCUUGGUAAGUCUUGUUUUAUAAUGGUAGAUUAUAUUGGUUAGAGAUUUCAAAUGCUGUAAUCUUGCCUUCAUGCCUAAAGAGUUAAAUUAUACUUUACACUUUUUAAAUUAGUUUAUA